UUUUAUUACAAAUGAGUAAGUGAUCAAUGUUCUAAUAGGUCCUCUAAACAGCUGAGGGUAUGAUUGUGGAAACUUCAUUGCUUCUUUUAAUUUUGCACCAAGUUUUUCUGUUUCUUCUGAUCGCUCUUAACUUUACUUUGCAGUUGGAAAAGAUGCCUAUCGAUGACAUUAAGAAAGAGCUUAAAUCCGCUGAGUUGUCGGACGUGGCAAUUGAAAAGAUAUUGCAAGUCCUCUCUGUGAAGUCAUUGGAAAAAUUGGAAGAGAAGCUUGGGACGGCUACCGAAGCACUUGCUGAUUUGAAGCAACUAUUUUCAUUGGCUGAGAAGUAUGGCUAUUCUGAGUGGAUUCAGUUUGAUGCAUCAAUUGUGCGCGGACUAGCCUAUUAUACCGGCAUCGUUUUUGAGGGAUUUGAUAGAGGAGGGAAAUUGCGAGCUAUAUGUGGUGGUGGGCGAUAUGAUAGCUUGCUCUCUACUUUUGGAGGAGAUGAUCUUCCGGCUUGUGGCUUUGGAUUCGGUGAUGCAGUCAUAGUUGAGCUUCUAAAGGAGAAGGGGCUCUUGCCAGAAUUGAGUAUAAAAGUAGACGACGUCGUUUGCUCUCUAGACCCCAAUCUCCAAGGCACCGCUUCUUCUGUUGCAACCAUACUUCGGGAAAAAGGGCAGACCGUCGAUCUGGUUUUGGAAAACAAACCGCUUAAAUGGGUGUUCAAAAGGGCUGCCCGGAUGAAUGCGGGCAGGCUGAUCUUAGUUGGGAGUGAUGAGUGGCAAAGAGGGAUGGUGUGUGUUAAGAUUCUUUCUUCUGGUGAGCAAUAUGAGGUCAAAGUGGAUGAACUUCAGUAGCAAGGAUCUGAAUGAUAUGAUGCACUGUAUAUCAUUAUUUUUAUUUUUUGCUGAGUCCCUGCAUUGUUUUUUUUAAAAUAAAAAACAUGCACAAGUUUUUCUUCUUUUUUUCCCUACUGCUAACUUUUCUGAUUAUACCUUGAUGACCUAUUAUUUGAAAGAAAAGAAGCUUGAAAUGUAUACCCAUGCAUUUUAUUUGUGUAAAUGAUUCUUAGUACAAAUGAAGUGAUUAAGUUUAU